UGCCCUUGACCCAGAUAUCACCACAGGUCUUUUAAUGACUGUAAGGUGUGGGCUAGGAGGAGGAAGGGGGAGUCCGACAGUCCCUUUUACGUCAAGCAUGCGAUGUGGGCGUGAAGCAGAACGAGAGAUGGAGAGAAAGUGAAGAAAAAAAAGAGCCAUCACCGCCCUCGCUUUACAAGGGGUGCACCAUUUCCCUGCUCUUCGCCACACUGAGUGUAACAGGCAACGGGAGAAAAAGCAAGAGUCUGUGAAUGCUGCUGGAAGUUGUUGGCUAUGUGUGAUGCCCAGACUUCAACAUCGUUUUUCCAUCCAAGUUUUUAAGAUCUGCAUACGCCAAUGGUUUUACCACACGUAGAAUGGGAUUAACUUGGUCCGGCAAAUAUAUCUCACUGUUUCUUGCUGUUCAGUUAGCUUAUCUGCUACAGGCGGUGAGAGCAACAGGGAAAUGUGAUACAGUAUUCAAAGGGUUCUCCAACUGCUUGCUGAAACUCGGGGAGAAUAUGGCCAACUAUCCACAGGAGCUGGACGAGAAGGAAAAUCUUCAGACCAUCUGCACAUAUUGGGAUGACUUCCACUCAUGUGCGACCACUGCGCUGGCGGAUUGCCAAGAGGGAGCAACAGACCUAUGGGAGAAGCUCAAAAAGGAGUCCAGAAACUUGGAGUUCGAAGGAAGCUUGUUUGAACUCUGUGGUGGGGGGAACGGGGCCUCCAAAUCCACAGUUCAUUUUGGUCUCACCAUGCUUCUAACGGCACUUUCAGCCCUAGUGACUUGGCUUGCUUUUUAGCACAAGAAGAAAAAACUACAAAGAAAAAAAGCGACAAAAAAAGAAACAAAGAAGAAAAAAGAAAACGAGUGCUAGCUAUCAACACAAAAAAUACAAAACAAAAGACGUUUGAAUUAAUCUACACCCAAAUGGAUUUAUAGGCUACUUCAUCCGGGGAAGGCGACCUGAUUUUGCAAGAGACAUUGGCAGGCCGUCUUCCGGGACUGCUCCACCAUAUUUGUCUGACCUGGGGUCAACUACAUUAAAUAUUUAGCAGGUGUUGAGUUGAAAUUAUAAUGAAAUUAUGAUGGGUCCUCGCCUGAAUACAAUCGUGGAAUGACAUAGUAUUAAAGUCGACGAUGAAUUAUUUAUAUUAGUAGCCUAGGCCUAGACAUCCCUGUUAUUUCAGGUGAUUGCGUUUCAGUCUCCCGAGUGGCGCACUGGUCUAAGGCACUGCAUCGCAGUGCUAGCUGUGCCACUAGAGAUCCUGGUUCGAA